AUGAAGGAUAUUAGUGAUUCCUUGAGAAGACAAUUAGGAAUUUUAUCUGAUCACAAAAGUCUUCGCGUGGCAGCAAGAAACAAGGCUAUCAAACUUCUUGAAAACCUGCAGGAGACUCUCAUAAAACGAAGAGAUAUUUUGAGUUUCAUUGAAAGUCAAGAUCUAAAAUUUGCUGAGAAUCGAUAUAAAAUAAAUGUUGAAUUAGGUGUCGUUACUGAUAAAACGGCCAUGACAAGAAAGAUUACCGAAAAAUUUGCAAGAUCUUUGAAUAACGAUCAUGACAUCAGGGGCUCUGAAAAUCAAGAUUCCAGUACAAAAACACAGACUACUGUUAAUAAUGAACAAGAAGAAAACAAACAGGAAGAAAAUAAACAGGAAGAAAACGAAGGUGAAGAUGUAAUUGCCGAUGAAAAUAGUACGAUAUGUGUUAAGGAUAUCCUCGAAGACUCGAUUCAAGUUUCAUCUGUCAUAAAGGAAGUUACAAAAAUCUUUUUAGUUUUUGAUGAAAUUGACAACUAUAUUACUGAUGAUAUCCACGAAUAUCUUACGUCGUUUUUCAAUCAAGAUUUCACUGCGCAGGGCUGGAAUAAUGCCAUCAACAAUAUAGACUUCAAUAGAUGUGAUUCAGAACACUUGAGGAAUAUUAAAAAAUUAAUACAGGAAACUUUACCUAAAUUUUUAAAAGCGUUUUCAUUGGAGGAUAUUAAUCCAUUGAGGGAUAUUACAAUCCUGGAGAAACCGCAUCUUAACCAGUUUGUGCACCCUAUAAUUGACUCGGCAUUGUGGAAUUUUGCCAAGGUUAAUUACAUGUAUGGUGAAAUACCUCUGAAAGGUCUUGGAACUAGAAUACGGGCCGAUGGAGUAGGAUUUCUCAAUGACGUAGUAAACUACCCUAUAGUUUGUGGUGAGGGAGCUAGACCGGGUGCACCACAGAAAAAAAGCGUGGAUGAUGAUAUCAAGAAUGCAAGUAGCAUGGCAACAUUAUAUAAUAAUAUCGUCAUAGAAGAAUCUGAUGCACGCCGACAACUUUUUAAAGACUUAAGAGUUGAUGGUUUAACUGCAUUCAAAACCGAAUUGUCACUAACAAUGAUGGAUUUUAGAA